CAGCUUGCAGUUGCAGGCGCUGUGCGCAAUUCAGAGCUGUCUCGCUUCUCCUCUGCACUACCAGACGCCAUCGCUGCGCGGUAGUCUACAGCAAGCGAUGCGUUGCACGCUGCAAGUUGCAUGCCUAGCCUGCACUGCAGCAGCCUACGCGCCGCAGCGCAGACGACGCGCCGUCGCACCGCGCUGCGCCCAACAAAGCGAUGCCUGGGAGCAGCUCGGCCUCCAACCAACGACGGCCGACGCCGCGCGCCACCUCGGGCCCGAAUUCCAAAGCCCGACGCCCGUGCAAGCGAGCGCGAUUCCCUCCAUCGUCAAGGACGAAAGCGAUGCGUUGAUCCAUGCCCGGACGGGGUCCGGCAAGACGCUAGCCUACCUCCUGCCCUUGGUCGAGCGAAUCGACAGUAGCAGGCAAGCGACGCAAGGGUGCGUCGUCGUGCCGACGCGCGAAUUGGGACUGCAGGUCGCCAAAGUUUUACGAAGAUUGACGAAGGGCACGGUCAUGUCGUUGCUAGACGGGUCUUCGCUCAAGAGGCAACGGACGUGGGCGUGGGCGGAGCCUCCGCAUAUUGUGGUAGGGAAUCCCACACCUCUCCGACGUAUGGCUGAUGAAGCUGGUUUAAAAAGUCUGGACGCGUGUGCGUUUGUGGUCAUUGAUGAAGUGGACUCGUUCCUCGAUGAUGAUGAGAGGCGGGACGCUCUACAUCGUCUGCUGAACGACCACUUGCCGAGGAAGCGGUCCACCGUCUUCGCGACGGCGUCCGUGGACGCGCCCCAGCGCCUGCCCGGCGACUUGCUGCGACGAAGGUGGGCGACGCGACCCGUCUCAUAUCUAUCGUCGGAGCGCGGCAUGCCGACCAUCCAACAUACUCUAGUGCUCUGCCCAAAACCAGAAGCUCGUUUGGCAGUGUUGAGACAGUUCCUCAAGGGCGUGAGAACACCUACAGUGGUCUUCUUCGACGAGAAACGUCUCGGACUGCUGCCGAAGAUCGCUUCUGCCUUAAAACAGGACGACCUGCGGGUGGACGUAUUGAACGAAGCCGACGAUCUGGAAAGUCGAUCGAGCGCCUUCGAGGCCUUUGUAAGAGGCGAGGUCGACGUUCUGCUGACAACGGACCUGGCGGCGCGAGGCCUCGACGCGCCGCGUACUUCACUGGUCGUGAAUUUCGACGUUCCUCGCACGGCGACGGACUACCUGCACCGCGCGGGCCGGACGGCGCGCCUUGGAAGGAAUGGUGCGGUCCUCACAAUCUGCGAAGAGAAUGAGAGAUUUGUGGUGGAGCGGUUCGGGAACAAGCUCGGCGUGGGAAUUGAUGAAGUUGCGGCGGGUGCUGAGGCUUAUCAACGGUUGGCUGGCGUUGGGGAGUAAGUGUUUUGUGUGUGGU